AUGAAUAAAUUGCCAUUCAAGCUGAAAAAAACAACAAGAGCGUUUGGAUUUCUAGUGACUGGAGUUGGCAGCGAUGAUAUAAAUGGUAACUUUGGUAUAUUAGACCAGAUCCAGGCGCUGAAUUGGGUGCACGAAAACAUUGGAGUGUUUGGGGGCGAUAAUAACAGGAUAACGUUGUUUGGUCAAAGUGCAGGGGCUCUGUCGACGGCUAUUCACAUGACGUCACCCAAUGUUGCACCUUUGUUCAGCCGAGUUAUAAUUGAAAGUUCACCAUUUACUAUUCCACUGAAGCCAUUAGAUAUCGCUAUUACCCAGGGCAACGAAUUCGGAAGUCUCUUAAACUGCACUGCGGGAAACGUUUCAUGCCUUAUGUCAAAAUCUGCAAAUCAAAUAGCGUCUGCACAGGGCAAAUAUUUCCAACAAGCAUUGUUUUCUGACAGCUAUCUCCGAAAGUUUUUGCCAUGGACUCCACAUAUUGAUGGAACAAUAAUCAAACAAGGUGUAAUGGAAGCUUUCAUAAAUGGGGCGUAUGCCCCUAAACCAGCAAUACUUGGUAGCACAUCAGAGGAAGGUCAAAUGUACAUAUAUCUCGGGUUUGGCAAACCAAUGUCAGCAUUGGAGUAUCGACUUCUUCUAUUUGGUGUCAGGCCAAAGCAGUCAACUGAGGUUUAUAAAAUGUACAAACCAGAGCUGAAGUCUGAUGCAAGAUCAACAUUGACUGAACUCACUACAGACUUUGUGUUCUAUUGUCCAGCCAGAACUGUUGCCCGUUCUAUUUCACGGUUUGCACCUGUAUACACAUACGUGUUCAAUAACAAUAUUUCAAUGCCAUCAGUUUGGAAUCACCUCAAUCAUUUGGUUAUAGGGGCAAGGUAA